UACAGAGAAUGAAAUAUUUUUAGCAAAAAGAAACAGAAAUUCCCAACAAAGGUCAAUGUCUAUUAGUUCAGAAAGUUCAUCACUUGAUGGCAAUGAAAUGGACAAUCAUGGCGAUCAUAAAAUCCUUUUUCCUCGAGACAUGAGGCAAAAGUUUCAAGAAAUGAGACUGAAGUUUGUUUCUACAUUUUCCCAAGUCCAACGUAAGUUUGAUAUCAAGAAAAAUUUUUUUGAAAUAGAUGAAGUGAAGAAAUUUAUUGGUGAUUGGUUUCCUGAUCUGAAGCCUCAGCUCUCUGAUAAGACAACCAUUGGUAAAGUAUUGGAUGCAUUGAAGAGGAAGUGCAAUAUCAUUAACUUGCGUCCCCUUGAAGCUUUAGCUUUUGAAUUCAACAUAGAAGAUGCUAUACCAAUCAUUAAGUCAUUCAAAGAGGAAGCUAAGGAUUUCAGCAAUUCAGUAUCAGUGAGUCUUUGCCUUGGUGAGGAGCUACAGGCAGUUGCUACUCCAUCUCGCCUUUUAUGUGAAACUGUUGUCUUUGUCUUAAACUGGGAUCCAGAGAAACAUACAUUGCAGGAUAUCAACGAUGUUUUGGAUGAGUUAGAGCCACUUAAUAGAUUCGACUACCACUUACAGAGUUUACAGGUUGAUAAAAUUGGUAGGGGUAAUUCAGUUGUUGUGACCUGCUAUUGUCCUGCUGAAUAUACUGGCUCACUGAUAAUGGCUGUCCUUGGUAAAGUAGAUACAAUGCAAAGCAAAGGAUUGAAGGAAUUUAUACUUGGCAACUGUACUGUAUGGCACACUACUCAGGUAGUAAGUAAGAAUACAGAGGAAACAGACUUGCAAGCACAGAUUAAUAAUUUGAAAGCUUCUUUAGGAGAGAAAGAUGAAAGGAUAAUGGCUACUGAAGCUGAGUUAGCAAAAUUCAAGGAGCUAUCAGAAAACAGAUUAAAAGAAAUAGAAACAUUACAAAAAGACCUUAAAGAGAGUCAACGCAUUAAUGUUCAAAAGGAAGAAAUGAUUGAUGAACUAAAAAAGAAAAUCUCAUCACUAGAAGAAGAAAAAACUACAGACAAGGAAAGCAUAAUUCGAGAUAUUGAGGAUGAAGUUGACAUAUUUACAGAUGAAUCAUCCAAUACUGAUGACUCAUCUGAUACUGACAGAUCAGAUGUUUCACUUGAUAGUGACACACCCAUAAAAGUGGGUGAAAAAAUAGAGGCAGUGCGGAGUCAGUAUAGUAUGCGUCUCAGUAAUCCAUCAUUAGAUCAAUGUGAGAAGGUAAUCAGUAAACUAAAGGAUACAGAUAAGAGUGUUAUACUCAGUCACUCAUCAUCUGACAGUAUGAAGUUCCUAAUACCGACUAUAUUGGAGAAAGGAACAAUAAAUAAACUUUGUAUUUACUUUUCAUUAUUAACACGUGGUGAUAUUUUCUCAUUUUCUUCUCAACUAUCAACCAACAAAUCCCUAACAACUCUAGUCCUGACUACUGGUUCAAUCAGUGAUGAUGGAGUCAUUGAACUAGCAGAAUCACUACAACAUAACAAACAACUCAAAAACUUGCAUCUUAAUGGCAAUCCUGGCAUCACUUCGGAUAGUGCACAUUCACUUACUGAACUUUUACUCACUAACAAGAAACUACAGUACCUUCGUCUCCAUCAUACCAGCAUUGAUACUGAUGGAGUACUGAUACUUAUGGAAUCUCUGAUGAUCAAUAAUACACUAGAGCAACUCUGGCUCGAUAAAGAACAUGAAGAAAUUUGUCUUACUUUACCUUAUUGUGAGGAUAUUAAAAAUAGAUUAUACUUUUCGCUAUUUUAAUUGUUUUACUCAAAAUUUAAUUCGUGAUGUGUGACUAUUAUUUCAAUAAAUUAUACAAAAACAAUAAUAAUAUGCUAUAAUUUUUUACCUUGUUUUUUAAUUACAAAAAGAGGUUUGUUUAUUGCUCAAGAACAAAAUGAGUCUCUCAGAAAGUAUUUUUAGUUAAAGAGUGACACAACUACCAACACAUGCCUC